AUGUUCUCCGUGGCUCUCGGCCUGGCGGUGUACUUCGUCGUGCCGUGCCCCGCGGACCUCACGCGCGAGGCGUGGCGCUUACUCGCCAUCUUCUGCACCACCGUCGCGGGUCUGGUGGUCAAGCCCGCGCCGGUGGGCAUGUGGUGCUUCAUGUCGCUGACGUUCACCGUGAUGACCAAGACGCUGACGUUUGAACAAGGACUCGCGAGUUUAACCAACCAGGUCAUCUGGCUCAUCGUCGUGGCGUCGUUCUUCGCCAGGGCGUUCAUCAAGACGGGCUUCGGGGACAGGCUCGGGCUGUUGUUCGUCAGGGCCUUUGGCAGCGACACGCUCAAGCUCGCGUACGGGUUACAGACGGCGGAGGCGUUUCUGUCUCCGGCGAUGCCGAGCACCACGGCGAGAGCCGCGGGGGUGUUCGUGCCGAUCGUCAACUCUCUGGACGACAGGACCAAGACGUACCUGAUGUCGCAGCAGCUGCAGGGCGGUAACGUGACCUCGUGCCUCCUGGUGAGCGCCGCGGCGCAGAACUUUCUGUGCAUGCAGAUCGCCACGGGCAUGGGCAUCCCGUUCACGAACCCGUUUAUGGAUUGGCUCGUGGCGAGCAGCGUGCCGUCGAUCCUCGGGAUCCUGGCGACCCCGAUCGUGAUCUACCUGAUCGAUCCACCCGGGGUGAAAGAGACCCCGGAGGCGCCCAUCAUCGCAGCGAAAAAGUUGGAGGAGCUCGGGCCCAUUAGGGGGAACGAGCUCAAGAUGGUUGGCGGGCUGGCCAUCACGGUGUUCAUGUGGAUCUUCGGCACGAAGAUUGGGGUCUCUCCCGCUCUCGCGGCGAUGAUCGGCUUCUCCCUGCUGAUGAUCAUGAACGUCAUCUCCUGGGACGAGGCGCUGGAGCAGAAGGGCGCGUGGGACACCCUUUUGUGGUUCUCGGUGCUCAUCUCGAUGUCCGGGCAGCUGAACACCAUGGGAGUCGUCCCUCAUUUCGCCAACGCGGUUUCCUCCUCCUUGGCGGCGAUGGACAUGGGUUGGAUGCAGGUGUUCGCGCUCCUGCACGGCGUUUACUUCAUCAUGCACUACUUCUUCGCCUCGCAGUCCGCGCACGUGGGCGCGCUGUACCCGGCCUUCCUCUCCAUGAUGCUCGCGUCCGGCACGCCGCCCAUGCUCGCGGCGCUCACGCUCGGGUUCAACACCAACCUCUUUGGCGGCUUGACGCACUACGCGUCUGGCCAGGCUGCGUGUUACUUUUCCAGCGGGCACGUGCCGAUGUCGCUGCUGUGGAAGCAGGGGGCGUACAUGUCGGUGGUGAACCUGCUCAUCUACAGCACGGUGGGCAUGGCGUGGUGGAAGAUGCUCGGGCUGUGGUAA